GCGGCGGCCGCUGAAGAUGCGCUGGCAGCCGGGGCUGCGCGGCGCCCCGCCGCGGCCGCCCUGCGCGGAGGAGAGGGAAAAGACGAAGGAGGCGGCGGAGAAGAAUAAGAAGAAGAAGGAGGAAGAGGAGGGAGACGAAGAAGGUGGUGGUGGCGGUGGUGGUGGCGGCGGUAGUGCGGGGCGGCCGCGGCCAUGAGCUGCUCGGACGUGGCCAUGCAGCAGCCCCCCGCCCCGGCGGCGUGCGGGGCACCCCGAUAUCUGGCCGGCGCCCCGCCCGCGCCCGCAGCGGGCUGCCCGCAGAAGAAGUUAGCUGUAUACAACAAGAUGCAGGAUUCUCUGGAAGUGACCCUUCCCAGCAAGCAAGAGGAGGAUGAGAAAGACCAGCCUGCUGAGAUGGAGUACCUUAACUCUCGCUGCGUCCUUUUCACUUACUUCCAGGGAGACAUUGGUUCAGUAGUGGAUGAACACUUCUCAAGAGCUUUGAGCCAAGCCAGUAGCUUCAAUCCAGAAACUGCCCUUACCAAGAGCAAGGCAGGGCUAAGUCCUCUGUGGAGAGAAAGCUCAACAAUUUCAAGCCAAAGGAGCAGUUUCCCAACUUCAUUUUGGACCAGCUCUUAUCAGCCUCCCCCUCCACCAUGCUUAAGUGGAGUACACCCUGAUUUUCCCGUUACUGCACCAGGCACCUUUCCAACACCAGAUCCCAGCAGCUGGCCAGGACACGGCCUUCAUCAGACUGCCCCACCUCCUCCCCCUGCUGCAUCUGAAUCCUGGCAUUAUCCUUUAGCAUCUCAGGUGAGCCCUUCGUAUGCACACAUGCAUGACGUGUACAUGCAUCGCCAUCACCCUCAUCCACACAUGCACCAUCACCAUCCCAGCUCGCACCGCGACCCCCGGUAUGGGUCCCUGCUGAUGCCUUCAGUCCGCGCAGCCAGGAUUCCUGCUCCCCAGUGUGACGUGACAAAGACAGAUCCCGCUGCUGUCACCAGCGCUACCUCAGCAUGGGCUGGAGCCUUUCAUGGAACGGUGGACAUUGUGCCAAGUUUUGGGUUUGACACAGGUCUACAGCAUCAGGACAAGAGCAAGGAAACUUCUUGGUUCUGAAGUUCAGCUAAAUUAAGACCAGCUAGAGCUGGAGUAAGCGCAGCUGGGCGGGCGAUAUAACAGUUGUUGACUCCUCCUGCGUGGGGCAAAGGACACACAUGAAGAUGAAGAGCCAACCAUUCUGGUUUUGCUAUUGAGCCUUUUGUUUGUAAGGCCGUUUAUGGGUCCCACAGUGUUGGAAAAAAAAAAAACCAAACGACCUAACUUUUCUUUCUUUCCUCAUCUGAGCCUGCUGCAGCUGGGCAACCUAACUCCUUUCUGCUCCUUUAACAGUGUUUUGUUUUGUUCAGCUUGAUAUUUUUAUGAACAGUCUCAAUUGUCAGGAAAAAGACUCUCCCUUGACUACAGUGCGCCUCCUUUCAGGAAUACAGUAUUUUGUAGCUCUUUGUGCAUCUAUUUUUGUAGAAAUACAGAAAGUUUGGGUUAAGGAUUGAUGGGCUAUUUUAGGAUGACAUAUUUUUUUAAAAAAAAUUGUAAAAUUGUUAAGUUCUGUUUAAAGAACUUGCUCUCAGAGAAGCACUGGCAAAAAAUGUAUAAAAUGCUAUUUUUAGAUGUCUGUGAUGUGUUUGUGCAUUUUGGUUUUUUGUUUUGUUACCUCAAAUGUCUAUCUAUCCUUUCUUUUUAAAGAUCUAAACCUUCCUCGUUUCCACAUUACUAGAUUGUGAUGUUCUUGUCCUUCUGUUCUAGCUUAAGCAAGUAUAAUUCGCACCUAAAGUUUCAGCCAAAUAUUUUUUUCUGCUGGUGUUAGAUUGUAGUAAGGAUGUUUUUUAUUUUCUUGCUUCUAAAGGUGGCUUUGUGCUGUGCUGGUUGUCAAAAACUUGCAAAUGCCUUUAGCGUGGAGCAAAGCCUGGGGUUACAGGAACUGCAUUUCCAACCCAUCCAUUCUUUCAAAAUGGACCAAAUACUCUUACGGAUUUAAAUCGGAUGUGAAUUUGGGCCUCAUCCAUGAUGUAUUGAAGCUGUUGAACGCAGUCCCCUAUGGGUUAUGUUUCAGGCCCUCAUAGUGCUUAUAAAUAUCAGUAUACUCUUAUUUUAACUCAUGAGGCAGGACUUUCAGCUAAGCCAUUUCAAGGGUGCUGACUUAUAACAUCAAUCUUCAGGAAAGAAAUGUCAGUUUUAUAAAAAUGUGUGACUUGUGGAAACAAAAUGUUUUCAACUGGCCUCAUCUGUCUCUUGAGCACCUCAAGGAAAGUGCUGAAAUUUUUAACUUCUGUUGACUUCAAAAUCUGUUUGUCUAACCUAAGAUUUGCUGUGGGCCUUACAAGAUCCCAGCUGCAGUCCUGAAUUUCGUAAGAAGUUGCACGUGCUCAAUGUGCACAAAUUCAGGCUUGGCUGCUGUCUGGCUAAGAAUCUGAACUUGGAAACGAUGUGGCCUUGUCUAGCUACAGUGCUCUGCAAGGUCUUUGGAAAACCCCAUUUCUGGCCGUGGUCUUGGGUCUGACUUGCAUAAUAAGGACUUUAGUUGAAGCCAAGGUGAGCACGUUGCAGUCCUGAAUCAGGGCUGCAAGAUUACCCUUGAGAGUGCCACUCCAGCAAUGGGCUGGAGCUGGGUCAGCCCCCAUGCCCAACCCUAGUGACUCCAGUCUGAGUUGUCAGCAUGUGCUCAGGUGGGGCUGAGCGCAGGAUCGGGGCCUGAGUUGACAGAUCCUAGCUGUUGCUUGGAGAUGUUGCCUUUCCGCUCUGUGCACUCAGGGUCCCUCUGUAAUACUCCCCAAGGCUCAUAUAACCUAUUACAUUUCUGUUGCCACUGUUAUCAGACAUCCCUAUCUGAAAGACAAACCAGCUAAAUGGAAACCAAGACAUAAACACAUGGCUGAGAUACGAAACAGUUUAAUUUUAAGGCAACGAGCGCUGUAAAUGUAGGUUUGUCAGGUGGAGACCACAUGGAUCUGUGAGUGAAAGGGGAGGGGGGGUGUUGGGAUGUGCAUGCCACUCCAAGGUUCAGGCCUUCCUCCCUGCCCUGCUGCUUCUCUCCAGGCUUUUUGAACUUGAUCCUACGAGGUGUUGAGCGUUCUCCCUUGCCACGUGAGAGGGCUUGACAUGCUGGCACUGGAGGCAUUAGGAUUAAGUCACAAUUUGGCAAGACCCUUAAGUGUAUACCUUGCUGAUUUGAAGUUUGAGACAGGAUAAAAGUGCUGAAUGGACUAUGCUUAAAUAUCACUUUAAAAUAGUAGGAUUGUAGUUUCUGUGUUGGGAUGCUGACUUAAAUGUGGUGGGGGUUUUUCCUCACUUUUAUAGUCCAUCGGCAUUUCUUUCUCUUAAUAAAUUUCACUCUCAUGCCAGUUCUAUAUAUUACUGCUGCUCUGGUGGAGCUAGCUCCUCAAUUUGUCAAUGAAUUCAUAAUGCAAUGGGAAAACUACAUGGAAGGGAACACAGUAAUAGCUGCCACAGUUCACUUUCGUAUCAGGACAGUAUAGUUUCAGGAAAUAGCUCAAGAAUAAGAGUUUCGACUUAGGAAUUCUGACAGUAUUAGAAAUACUGGGAGGAAAAAAAAUCCAAACUUUUUUUUUUUUUUAAUUUUUUUCUGGACUUGGCAAAGCUGGAAGGCAAAGAGGCUAUGUAUCCUCUUUGAACUUCAGGGCUGGAGAGUUUAGGUGGUAGGGGGAAUAAAAGAAAAGGCAAAUUUCUUUUCGAGGUGUAGUGUGUUUGACUUCCUGAUAUAAAGUCUAGCAAGAGCAGUCAGUCCUUUGCCUUCCUCUUUGCAAGUUCAGAUGAUGAGGGACCUCCUCCUGUUCCCUGUAAAUGUCAAAGCAGAACGGGACAGGAAAAAACAGGCCCACAGUUUGCACUGGAAUCCCUUUCCGGAUUGUUUUAUUGAGUUGAUGGGUAGUGGGGAUGAAUACGUGGUGAAGCUGUUGCCUCUUCCACCUCAAGGACUACUGUUAUGUGCCCACUUUCCACUGCUGAACCUGUAAGUGUGCUGAAGGAGCUUCUGUUUCUCUGCAGCUUCUGGGAGACAAGUGCCAAUAAAAACCUGCUAUUGUCUGUA